CUUCACACCAUUUUUCAAUGGAAGUGAACUAAAAACAAAGAUAUUGAAAGGAAAACGACGAUGAUGAUGAUGAUGGGAGAAGGGAGACAUACCGAUCCGACGGUCCACGCUCCUCCAUGGAACCUCUUCGAUGAUCCAACGGAAAGCGUUGCGUUUCAGCUACCCGUUGGUAAUGAUCCAUACCUUCUCGGAGAUGCAACCAUGGCGGCACUCCAGAGGUUUCUCCCGUCCAACGAGGAUGGCGAUGAGUUGGAUGCCCCCGUCGAUGCCUACUCGUGCGAUGAGUUCCGGAUGUACGAGUUCAAGGUGCGGCGUUGCGCGCGCGGGCGCUCACACGACUGGACGGAGUGCCCGUACGCGCAUCCCGGCGAGAAGGCACGCCGCCGAGAUCCACGGAAGUACCACUACUCUGGCACUGCCUGCCCGGACUUCCGCAAAGGGAGUUGCAAGCGUGGUGAUGCUUGCGAGUUCGCACACGGCGUGUUUGAAUGCUGGCUUCACCCGGCGCGAUACCGCACCCAGCCAUGCAAGGACGGCACGGCGUGCCGCCGUCGUGUGUGUUUCUUUGCCCACACGCCGGAGCAGCUGCGCGUGCUUCCGCAGACUCAGAGCCCCAAAGCCCCCGUCGAGUCUUACGAUGGAUCUCCGCUUCGUCACCACGCGCUUGAUGCUUAUUUUACGAAGAAUAUGUUUUCGUCUUCGCCGACCUCAACGCUGAUCUCCCCGCCGGUGUCUCCUCCGUCGGACUCGCCGCCGAUGUCGCCGGUGGUGAGGCGUGCACCGGUCGGCGCUUCUGUGAAUGAGGUCUUGGCAUCGCUGCGGCAGUUGCAGCUUAGCAAGGCGAAAUCAGCGCCAAGUUCGUGGGGUCUUCAGAUGGGAUGUGGUCUUGGAUCGCCGAGGUCACCGGCGGUAAGGGCCGGCGGGGGAUUCAGCAGCUUGCCGGCGACGCCGACGAGGUCGUCAGUGGGUGGUUCUGGGUGGUUUGAUCGUUGGGAUGGGGGGCAUGUGGAUGAACCCCCGAUGGAGAGGGUGGAGUCCGGGAGGGCUCUACGAGCGAAGAUGUUCGAGAGGCUAAGCAAAGAGAGCGGGAUGGAGAGGCCGGAGACCGGAUCGCCGGCGCCGGCGAUGGGUACGCCGGACGUUGGGUGGGUGUCGGAGCUGGUGAUGUGAGAGUGUUGAUGAUGAGAUGGAUUGGAUCUAAAAAAAAAA